GAGCUUCGUAUUUCUAUAUCGACUUUGCAUCGCCUAGUAGAGCGAUAACUAGCGUUAAUCCAUAUUAUGUAAGAUGUACAGUAUAAGUACUGUACUACCCGUCUCAUGUUCUUUAGGUUUUUCUUCCCAAUGGAAGCAGCUACCGAUGAGUCGUAUCUUUUGUACCUGACGACAACAAUUUCCAUCUCGUUGCUAUUCUCAUAUAAACGAUAUUCAUAUAAUACCUACAUGGGUAUAUAGCAUAUGGCUCUACGAUGACUGACGUAGAAAUGAAAAUCGACCCGCAGAGAGCCGCUGCUCUAGUAUCCCAAAUUAAAACCGUGCGGGAGCGCAUCACUGCCGUCGCCAAUGGUCGAGAUGUACGCCUAGUUGCCGUCUCAAAGCUGAAGCCGGCCAACGACAUCGUGGCGCUUAUGCAGCAGGCCUCACCGCCGCAACUGCAUUUCGGUGAGAACUAUGCCCAGGAACUGAGCCAAAAGGCUGAGCUGCUACCUCGCAGCAUACAUUGGCAUUUUAUCGGCGGCUUGCAGUCCGGCCACUGCAAGAACCUAGCCAAGAUCCCGAACCUAUGGUGUGUGUCGAGCGUAGACACUGAGAAGAAAGCCCAGCUCUUGGACAAGCACCGAGGCGAAUUCCUGGCUGCCUUCUCGUCCUCCUCCCCAUCUUCUACCCCUCCACCCUCUAAACUCAACAUCCACAUCCAAAUCAACACUUCUGGCGAGCCCUCCAAAUCCGGUUGCGCCCCUGGGCCUUCCACCCUCGCUCUAGCACGCCUCGUCGAGUCCGCACCGAACCUUCACCUUCUCGGCCUGAUGACCAUCGGUGCCAUAGCGCGUAGUGUAGCCACAACCGCAGAAAAUGAGAACGAGGAUUUUGUAGCGUUACGAGAGCAGCGGGACCUCGUGCAGAAGGAGUUGGGUCUAGAUCGAGAGCUAGAGUUAAGCAUGGGCAUGAGCGAGGACUACGAGGGCGCGAUUGUGAUGGGGAGUGGUGAGGUGCGGGUCGGGAGCACAAUAUUUGGGAUUAGGGGACCGAAGAGCGAGGCUAAGAUUAGGGAGUAGUUAUGUAGAAUUAUCACUGUUCAAAGCGACACCAUUAUAAAAGAAUAUGAAUUAUCAGCAAUCGAUACA